AUGACCGCCAUAAGUAUAGCUGGGAGUACCGGCCUUGUUGGCUCUCAUAUCCUUACACUCCUUAAGCAAUGUUCCCAAUUUGAUCGCAUUCAUGCCUUCUCUCGCAGAGACCUGCCCGCGCAUGCCAAGCUCACAACGAUUGGGUCUCAAAAUUCAACAGACUGGCCUUCCACAUUCCCUCAGAACACUUCAGCGUUCUUCUCAGCUCUAGGUACCACGGCAAGAAUCGCAGGCAGCUUUACAGCGCAGCGGAAAAUCGACUACGACCUUAAUCUAGCUCUGGCACAAAGCGCAAGAGCUGCAGGCGUACAGACUUAUGUGCUCAUCUCGACAAGUGGCGAGCUUGAUGAAGCCGUCAAAGAGAUUGGCUUCGAGCAUGUGAUUAUACUAAAGCCGGGCUUACUGGUGGGAAUAAGAGAAGAUAGUCGACCUGGUGAAUUCAUGGGUAGGAGCAUGGCAUCCUUCUUGGGCAAGAUUAGCGGAGGUAUGUUGAAGGAUGCUUGGGCACAGGAUGCGGAUGUUGUGGCACGAGCUGCUGUGUGGGCGUUGUUGGAUGUGACGGAGAAGAGUAAUGAUGAGAGCGUGAGGGUAUUGAAUCAACAAGACGUGAUUCGGCUGGGACGUACGGAAUGGAAAGACUUCAGAUAG